CUGUCAAAUAACAAACAUGUCGCAUAGCUAACGGGUCGACGCGGUUGCUUGUUUUCUUUGCGAAUUUGCACGUCGCGAACAUGGCACGAGUGUUAAAUAUAGUGCGGACUUGUGGUUUACUAACGUAUCUAUUUUUCUAUGUGCACGCAGUAGACAAUAAUGUCUCGGAACCACGGAUAAUUUCGUUAAAACUGGAGAGUAAAAAAUGUGACAAUGAAAAUUGUAAAUAUUUAGUAAAUAUUAAGGGUGGCGAGUUCUUAGGGCAUUAUUCGUGGCGGUUGACCCCAGUGGAAGGUUCAGGGGGUGGUGAUUGUGACGUCAUAUUCCCUGAUUAUGAGUUAAAGGAGAUUUUUACGACGCAGUGGUUGACUAAACUUGAAAUUGUGUUACCUGUUUUGGUAGAUAAAAAUGUAUAUUUUUGUGUGUAUAAAAACGAUGUGAAGAACAGCCCCUUUGGGGGGCGGUGGGUGCACCAGGGAGCGGAGCACUACUUGGACGUGAGGGAAGAUUUAAACUCAAAACCUACAACAGAAACAAAACAAACCUCACAAUGGGUAGAUAUGACCCACGACACAGAUGUAAACCACCUCAAGAAGACUCCAGAAUUAACAAGAGAAGAAAGAGAGAACAUAGAAGUUUUAUACCACAACAAAUAUGUGCCUUUAUCCGAAAUGGAAGACACGAAAAGAGUAGAAUUGGACAGAGAUGAAGAAAGAGCUUUCGACGACAAUUCUAUUGAGAGAUUUAAAAGAGAAGCUAAGAGUCCGACUACGCAACGUCCUCCAGAAGUGUCCAGAACUUCUCCAGAAGAUGUGAGCAGGAAAGAGAGGGAUGUGACGGUACCUGUCUCCGAUUUUGUCAGCGUUAGGGGUGAUCCUUCCGUUGUUAACAUUGAAGGUUUAAGGAUUGAGAAUUCUGACAAGGAUCCGAAGAUCAUUGAGGAUGGUAUACCGAGUGUGUUGGCUGAUUCGAGGGUUACUUUAAGACUAUUUGGUGAUGGGCUCACAUCCAGGACAGUGAUAGCUUUCACCCACGAGACACAACUGUAUGGGCAGCCUUGCAAGUUUCUGCUGAAGGGAGAAUACAUGGUAAAAGAAGGCUCCCUUCGUCCUAGAACAGCCCUGUUCGACAUUGUUGCGCCGGCGCCGAUCACAGACUCGAAGCUCUACAUCUGUGCCAAAAACCUCAGGGUCGGAGUGGAUGACCCGUUCAAAGAUGAGGAGAAAUAUCUACAUCAAGGCACGGAAAUAUACAAGAUGCUAGCGUCUCACAAUACGCUGCUCCCGUUGUGGGUGUCUCUGACCCUCAUCCUGACCUGUCUCAGUUUCUCAGCACUAUUCUCCGGCCUCAACCUUGGCCUGAUGUCUCUGGACAGGACCGAGCUGAAGAUCAUAUCCAAUACUGGCACGGAACAGGAGCGCAAAUACGCGCGCGCCAUCAUGCCGGUCCGAGACCACGGGAACUACCUCCUCUGCAGCAUACUCCUCGGCAACGUGGCUGUGAACUCCACCUUCACCAUACUCCUGGAUGAGCUGACUUCUGGACUGUUCGCUGUGAUCUUCUCUACCCUGGCCAUUGUGCUGCUGGGCGAGAUCACUCCUCAGGCCAUAUGCUCGAGACAUGGGCUCAUGAUUGGGGCCAAGAGUAUUAUGAUUACCAAGGCGGUGAUGGCUCUCACAGCGCCCCUAGCGUUUCCAGUCAGUAAACUCCUGGACUACUUCCUGGGUGAGGAGAUAGGCAGCGUUUAUAACAGGGAGAGACUGAAGGAGCUGGUUAAGCGUCUCCGCUUUUUAACAAACCCUGUAACGACAGACGUGAACGACCUGGACAAGGAUGAGGUGAACAUCAUCUCUGGAGCCCUGGAACUCCGCAAGAAGACAGUCUCCGAUGUUAUGACCAAGCUUGAGGAUGUAUUCAUGCUGCCCAUCAGCUCUGUACUGGAUUUCGAGACCAUGUCGGAGAUUGUGAGUUAAAAUACUGAUGGCUACUCCCGCAUCCCAGUAUACGAGGGUACGCGCGGCAACAUAGUGACGGUGCUGUUCAUCAAGGACCUGGCGUUCGUGGACCCUGACGACAACACGCCGCUGCGCACGCUCUGCCAGUACUACCAGAACCCCUGCAACUUCGUCUUCGAAGACGUCACGCUUGAUGUCAUGUUUAAGCAGUUUAAGGAAGGACACAAAGGCCACAUGGCAUUCGUCCACCGCAUCAACAACGAGGGUGAAGGGGAUCCCUUCUACGAGACCAUGGGGCUGGUCACUCUAGAAGACGUCAUCGAGGAGAUGAUCCAGGCGGAGAUCGUCGAUGAGACCGACGUCUUCUUGGACAACAGGUCUAAGCGCCGCCGCAACAAGCCCACGAACAAGCUGCAGGACUUCACGGCGUUCGCUGAGCGGCACGAGAACCAGAGGAUACAUAUAUCUCCACAACUUACCUUGGCUACUUUCCAGUUCUUGAGCACUAGUGUAGACGCCUUCCGACCAGACACAGUAUCGGAGACGGUGCUCCGCCGCCUUCUCAAACAGGACGUGAUCCACCACAUCAAGCUGAAGGGCAAGACCAAGAAGGAUCCCAGCACCUAUGUCUUCCAGCAGGGGAAGCCGGUGGACUACUUCGUGCUGAUCCUGGAGGGGCGCGUGGAGGUGACGGUGGGCCGCGAGAACUUGGUGUUCGAGGCCGGGCCCUUCACUUACUUCGGCGUGCAGGCGCUCACGCAGAACGUUGGCGUCGCGGAGUCCCCCACCCCCUCUGCGAUGGGCUCCCUCCAGAAUAUAAACAUGGACUCGAUGCUGCGACAUACCUUCGUGCCCGACUACUCCGUCCGGGCCAUCGCUGAGCUCUUCUAUUUGACUGUAAAACGAUCACUCUACCUAGCCGCGAAGCGCGCUACGUUGAUGGAGAAGGGGGCGUUGUCUAAAGGCGCUACCAACGAACAAUUCGACACCGAGGUUGACAAGCUAUUGCAAUCUGUGGACGAAGACAUCAGCAUCAGUGGAGAACACAAGACUCCAUCUCGACAGGUAUCCCCCCACCCGCUUCCAGUAUCAGCGUCCCCCCACACCCGCUCCUCAUUUUCCACCCGCUCCCCCCCUGAGGGGAGGAACGGUGACGUCUUCGCCAGAGCCGACGAACAGGAGAAACUAUUGAAAUAGCAGAGCGAAUUAUUGACCGUACCAGUGAUUGUGCACAGGUGAUCUGAUUUUAGAUAAUAUUCGUAUAAAAUUGACAAUACCCACGGGAAGAGUGGGGGUGGUGUGAGCUUCUACUCAGCUUUACCAUCGAAUGUUUAAAAGUAUUCUAUCCUAAUAUUAUUUUGGCCUGUGUAAGUGAUAAUAAUUUUAUUAUAACUUUCGUGUGACAUACUAAAUUAAUUAUUAUGUUAUCGGCUUAUUCACGUAACUGUUUGACGAGGAACUCGACUAGUUUCAAGCCAUGCUAGAGGCUCAUAUUCAUGAGCAGCAUUCCGCGACACGACGCGGCGAUUGUCGCGCUGCUACUGGCGAUUCGAGCCUCUAGCAUGGCUUUGAAACUAGUCGAGUUCCUCGUCAAACAGUUACGUGAGUAAGCCGAUAACAUAGUAAUUGAUUAUGUAAUAAAAACUGGUACUUAACUAAUUAUAUAAUAACAAUGUAAUGACCAGUGCCCAUAGGUUCAGUGCUCACAAGAGCGACUGCGAACCAAGAGGUCUAACUAAGAUCACGAAGUAUAUUUUAAAAAUAAUCUAAUUUAUAGCGCGAAUGUAUUUAGAAAUUCUCAGUUAAUUGUAUAGAGUCCACCGUACCAGGGGGUGUACCAGUCCCCCUAUACAAUGUGAUAGGGGUGGGACUUCUAACCCGUUAAGGCUGAGUACUACAUCUAAUUUUAUCGACAAAAAAACAUAAUAUGGGGUGUUGAACCCCCAAUUGAAAAUAUUGAAAAAUAGCGAUAUUUUCGGUAAAAAUAAUUGAGAAAUGAUUUUUUGUCUCACCAAAACAUUAUCAAACAUAUGAAAAAAGUAAUGAAUUAGUUAGCCAAGGUUAUUAGCUACCGUUUGUCGUUUUUUUUUUGUUUCUAAGACACAUACAACCUUUGAUAUCACAUAAAGUAAAAAAAUAUUAAAAUAGCCAUAAUUUUUAGGGGGAGGGGGUUCAACCCCCAUAUUAUUAUUUUUUGUCGAUAAAAUUAGAUGUAGUACUCAGCCUUAACGGGUUAGAAGUCCCACCCCUAUCACAUUGUAUAUUGUGCACCUCUACCUACCCCUACUUGUAAAAAAACCUAUAUUAUAUAUGCACUAUAUAUAUUUAGUACUAGCUAAACACAAAGUCCAGUAUUAUUAAUAUAUAAAAAUAAGAUUUUUCUAACUUAGAAUUAAAAUGUCAUAAUAAUAAUGUUGUAGGUUCGAUACCCUAGUCAGGCAGAGUAUAAUUGAGUUUCUUUGUAUAAUAACUAUUAGAAGAAAUACUAACGAGUUACUCACGUAAACUUUUCCAUAAGCCCCGAUGUGGCCUGAAACUAGUCGACCUUUCACAACAGUUUACGAGAGUAAGCCGUUAAUAUAUUUUGUUUCAAAAUUCUGAAUCUUAGGUAUUUGGUAAUAGACUCACUCUUAAUUGGGACUCAUAACAUAAGUGGUGAAAAGUGGGUGUACAUUGUAUCUGCCGCGGCUUUAAUGGGAGGUAGUGUUGUGUUUGAAGAUUACAAUAGUGAAGAAAUUUCGUACCCCGGACCAGUUAAUUCAAUUUGAGAACAUAAAGAAGUUAAAUAAA